CUAAUUAUUGCAUAAUUUUUAAAGGUUCACGUAGGCUGCAUUCCACCAAUGUGCGACUUCCUGACGGUCGUUGAUUCAGACAUCGUUCAAGUGGCUUUAAACGCACUUGAAAAUAUUCUGAAGGCCGGAGAAAAAUUUGCUGCUCGUCCAAAUCCAUAUGCAAUGGCCAUCGAAGAAUGCGGAGGUUUAGACAAAAUUGAGUACCUGCAGUCCCAUGAAAAUCGCGACAUUUAUUACAAAUCAUUUUACAUAAUAGAACAAUAUUUUAGUAACGAAGAAGAAGAUUCGCGUGUGGCACCUACUGAAGAAGAAACACAAUACACAUUUAAUCCAAACGUUGAUACGCCAAAGGGUGGAUUUUUAUUUUAGUCCUAUAGUAUUUUCGAAAAACGUGGUUUUGAAUUUUAUUAAGUAAAGGAGGUUCGUGUAUAUUUCUGAUCAAUACCUUAAGUAAUUUUAUUCAAAAUAUAAUUUUUGUUAUUAUCUUUUAACAAAGUAACAGUUUUUCAGAUAUUUUGCUUCUUUAAGCUUAGUAUCUAGCUCUAAAGAAAUAGUUUUCAUUGUUUCUGUCGCUUGCAAGCAGGCAAGUAAAAUCAAACUUUA